AUGGUGGCGGUGGUGAUGGUGGUGAUGGUGGUGAUGGUGGUGAUGGUGGUGAUGGUGGUGAUGGUGGUGAUGGUGGUGAUGGUGGUGGCGGUGGUGAUGGUGGUGAUGGUGGUGAUGGUGGUGAUGGUGGUGAUGGUGCAGGCCCACACACCGAAAGAUGAUGGUCUAGGGUUGUUGUACGUUGCGCUAAGCAUGUUUCAGCUAUUCAUAAACAAUGAAGUGGCAGUGCGCAGCAGAGAUUCAGACCGGCAGUGCAGACCCACAGCACCCGGAGGGGCGCCGUACCUCCGUCUCACAUUGCGGCCCGGCGGCUCGUCCAAACGCGCCGGCGCAGCCCUAGAGGGCCUUAUGUCGGGCCGGGAGGGCGCCCACCUGGAGCGACGUCUGGGGAUGCGGUUCGUGGACAAAGCCGUACACGAAGCGGAGCUUCUCUCCUUCGUGGUUCGUCUUCCCCACUUCCCGCAAUACCAGGUGGUGGCGCCGUGGAGAGCCGUACACUCGCUAACCCCGGAUGCUACCCAGCUGGCGGAUCCGGACUGGUGCCCCGAGGUGGGUAGCGCUCUGACCCACGGGUCACCCCCGCUAACGAGAGCAGCACUCCAGGGAGCAGAGCUGAGGUGCUUUGACAGCGAGCGGGAAAUGCUGCUGGCUUGGAAGGAGUGGCUGUUGGAAGUGGAUCCGGACAUUGUCACCACGUACCAGGUUCGGGAUACGUUAGGUGCGAUCCGGGACCGCUUCGAGAGGCUGCGGCUCGAGGGAGGGGGUUUGCUGGUAUCGCGGAUGGCGCCAGUGUACGGCAGUGGUGGCACCGGUGGGGCCGUCGCCGCGUCUCCGUUGACCGUUAAGACCGUUGUGAUGUACAGCGCGGCGUGGGUGAAGCGGCAGGGCCGCAUGUCCUCCAACAGCAACCAGGAAACCUUUCAGGCAGAAGUCAGGGGCCGUGUUGUUGUGGACGUGUUGCGCCAGGUGUUGACCUCCCAAUCGUUAGCGACCUUCAGCCUGGUGGACUGCUGCCAGACCCUGCUGGGUGAGACGCUGGAGGUGUUGGGUCCGUUCCACCUGGCGAGGCUGGCGGCGGAGGCGCAGGGACGGCAGUCGCUGCCGCCAGCAGCAGCAGCAGCGGCAGCGGCGGCGGCGGCGGAUGCGGCGGCGGCCGCGGCCCCGGCGGCCCCGGCUUCUGAACAGUGGCAGGCCGCCGCAGCUGCAGCGGCGCGCAUCACAUCGUACAUUGUACGGCGUGUGGAUGUCAUCGUACGACUUACGUCGCGGCUGGCGACGCUGCCGGAGGCUUUUGAGAUGGCGCGUGUGACAGGGCUCACGAUACCACAGACCCCCGACCACUCUAAUUUAAAGCCACCUCCUCAGAACGGGCGCUACAUUAUUGGCGGGCGGCAAGAGGCGGGAAAUCUGAUUGAGAGUCCCUUUCUGCUGCACCCCGUAGAAAACCUUACGGCGGGUUUGUACCGCACUCCGGUGGCCACUCUGGACUUCGCCUCGCUGUAUCCCUCCCUUUACCGCGCGUACAACCUGUGCUAUACGACACUCGUCCACCCUGAUGACGUGGACACCGUGGGCAGGGAGCGGUGCGGCUUCACCCCCACGGGACACGCGUUCGUGAAACCCGAGGUUCGGCCCGGUAUCCUUCCCACCAUCCUGGCCGCUCUCAUGUCCGCCCGCGCCGCCACACGAGCCAAGCUCAAGGCCGUACAGUACGACGCCGCUGCCGCUGCCGUACUGGACUCCCGCCAAAAGGCGCUCAAGAUCACGGCCAAUGCACUGUACGGCUUUACUGCUGCCUGGCCUACGGGGCAGCGGCGUGCAGGGCUGCCGUACAAACGAUCACACACGCGAUGGAAGCGGCGUCAGCUGCAGCUGACGGAGCAGCUGACGUCGGAGGCGCUGGCGGCGGCGGCGGCGGCGGUGCGGGACUGCUCGGUCCGGCGGCGGCUGGCCGCUGCUCUGGUUACCUCCUCUCUGCCACUUCCCAUGGAGCUCAAGUACGAGAAGGUGAUGGCGCCCUUCCUGCUGCUGCACGUGAACCGGUAUGCGGGCAGGGCCAUGGAGACGGAGGAGGACGCAGCAAGCCCAGAGACCCGUGGGUCGCUACUGGUAAAGGGUGUCCGCAGUAUGUGGCGGCAAAGUGCCCCCUUGGUGAGUCAGGUACUGCAGGGCUCCCUGGAGCGGAUCCUAAUGCGAGGUGACGUGGCAGCCGCGGUGUCGUACGCCGAGAACCAGAUACGGCGGCUGCUGUCCGGUCGGGUCGAUCUGGGGGAGCUGGCAAUGACCGGGGGCCUUUGGCGCAUCACGGGACAGCAAGUCGCGGCGGCGGCGGCAGCAGCUGGUGGGGCGCGCGGGUAA